AUGGAAGCCACGGGGUCAACAAUAGAGGACCUCGACCCGUUCAACUGGACAACAGCGACCACAGUAAAAAGGCUUACAUCAGCCAUAAUCCCUCAGAACCAGAUAUGCCAGGUACUUGCCGACUUUGUUGCCGAUUUCAGUGCCAAAAUAAUUCCUGAGGCCGAGCAAGAAACUUCUCGUGCCUCUCCCAGUUUAACCGACCUAUGGGUCCUAUACACCUAUGGCGCUUCCAACACGUCAGGAUCUAUACCGGGACUCGUACUCGAGGUCCCAACAGGCGAAGUCAUUUGCCAUUCCAUACGGUGCUCCUACAUGACUAACAAUGAGGCCGAGUACGAGGCGGUAAUUGUAGGACUGAAGCUAGCUCUCAGAUACGGAGCACGAUGGGUCGUCCUCCGAUGCGGCUCACAGCUCGUUGUCAACCAAGUCACAGGAACUUUCCAAAUAAAAGAGCAAAGGCUACAAAAGUACCAGGCAAAAAUUCAUAAGCUAGUCCCGGAAUUCGACGAAUGUCAACUCGAGCACAAAACAUUGAGGCAGAUGGUCUCGCCAAAUUAG